ACGCCAGAGGGAACGCCAGAGGGAACUACGUCGCCCAACUCCACCAACUGCAAGAAUGUGACAAAAUGUCAUUCAGGAAAAUCGUCGAACACUUUGGGUUCCAUCGAACCACACUCUCGUUCUUCCACUUCCACCACUUAUCGCGUCCAUUUACCUCUCAUUCCCCUCAACCCCAUCACCAAGGAAACCAGAACCUAGACCCGCACUCUCUAUUGAAAGAAGACCCAAUCGAAAUUUGCACUUCUCUGUGGGUCAAAACCUUCUCCUCUCCGCCAAACGCCUCGUUCCCCAACCUCACCGGCUUCCUCUCCAACUUCGAUCUCUGGCUUUUAGCUUACCAACGCUCAUGUGCCCACGCCACCGGCACUUUCCCUCCGCGUAACGCCGUCGGCACCCCCGUUCUGCACUCCCUGCUCUCCCUCCGUAACGCCGUAAUCCGCAACCGUUUCGAAUGGAACAACAAAACGAAUCCUCUCCUUCGUGCCCCCAACGACGCCGCCGUUACAAAGCCCCUCUCUAAACGCAGACUCCAAGCAGCUAUCAAAUCCGACGCGUCCUGCUUCCAGGACCGCGUUGUUCAGGAGGUGCUACUCAUGAUUCUCGAACCGGUUUUUGAACCCCGGUUCUCCCCCAAAUCGCACGCUUUUCGACCUGGUCGAAAUGCCCACACGGUUAUUCGCACCAUUCGGAGUAACUUCGCAGGGUACUUGUGGUUCCUCAAAGGGGAUUUGUCUGAGAUUUUGAACCACGUGGAUCCACAUGUAGUAAUGUGUUCCCUUGAAAAGGGUACCAGGGAUAAGAAAAUUCUGGGGUUGAUAAAAUCUGCGCUUGAGGGGGUACAAAUGCGUAGUUUAUCGCGCAAGGAAGAGAACGUCGAGGAGUUGAUGAGACUGAAGAAGAGAAGGGCUACGAAGAAGAGGAUUCUAAAAGAGAAUGAGCCAAAACCUGAUCCUUAUUGGUUGAGAACGUUUUUUAGUUUUGCUCCUGAGGAGGCUGCUAAGGUACCUAAUUAUGGCCAUUGUGGGAUUUUAAGUCCUUUGCUUGCUAAUGUUUGUCUUAAUGAGUUGGAUUGUUGGAUGGAGAAAAGGAUUGUUGAGUUUUUUAGGCCUAGUGAGUUUGAUUCCAUAUGGAAGUAUUCCAUUGAUGAUGGGUGUCAUAACCCGGCAUGGCCUGAGUUUGUUCCAUCGAGUGGGAAGGAAAAGACUAGGAAGAUGGAUUACAUUAGAUAUGGGGGGCAUUUUUUGAUUGGGAUUCGAGGGCCUAGAGAGGAUGCUGUGGAAUUGAGGAAGAAGAUUGUUGCAUUUUGUGAGAGUGUGUUUGGGGUGAGGUUGGAUAAUUCCACGUUGGAGAUUGAACAUAUUACUAGGGGGAUACGGUUCUUGGAUCAUAUAAUAUGCCGGAGGGUGAUACACCCUACCUUGCGUUACACGGGUUCUGGAGGGAACAUUGUGAGUGAAAAGGGGGUGGGGACUUUGCUUUCUGUUACUGCUAGCUUGCAGCAAUGCAUUCGCCAGUUUAGGAGGCUUGAGCUUGUUAAGGGUGAUAAGGACCCCGAGCCACUUCCGUGCAAUCCUAUGUUGUACUCGGGUCAAGCUCACACAAAUUCUCAAAUGAACAAGUUCCUUGAGACCAUGGCCGAUUGGUAUAGGUAUGCUGACAAUCGCAAAAAGGUUGUUGGCUUUUGUGCCUAUGUUGUCCGGAGCUCAUUGGCCAAAUUGUAUGCUGCUAGGUAUAGGCUGAAGUCCCGAGCCAAGGUGUAUGGAAUAGCUUCACGAAAUCUCAGCCGUCCUCUGAGAGAGAGCAGCAACAAUUCUGCACCUGAAUAUUCAGAUCUUUUGAGGAUGGGGCUGGUUGAUGCAAUUGAAGGUGUUCAGUUUUCGCACAUGUCUUUGAUUCCAUCUUGUGAUUAUACUCCAUUCCCAAGGAAUUGGACCCCGGAUCAUGAGAGGCUGUUGCAUGAGUAUAUAAAACUUGAAAAUCCCAAGUUUUUCUGUGAGUUGCUCAGAUCUGUUAAGCAAAAAGGUUUAAAUCUGCCUCAAGAUGAAAUAUCACAAAUGAUAUGGAACUACAAAACUCGCGGAGUUUGUUAUUUUCGAUCUAAUGAGGAUAACAAAUUAAAAUCUGAUUUUAAGGAGAUAACUGAGUAAACCUAAAAUGAAUGGAAUCUUCUCAAUAUCUAGGUUCUGCUUCCAAAUUGGUGUGAUCUGGUAGAAAAUUGGUUGACAUUAUGUACAUGAAAGGCAGAAUAUUCCCAUUGGAUGGGUGAGGGACUUGGAUAGCAGCAUUCUAAUUAACUACUGAGUACUGACAAUUUGUAACAUAGCAAAAGGUACAGACAAUUUUUUUAACAUUGUUGAAUUGUUGGCAAAUGGUGAAGUUAAGAUUCAUCGAGGCCGUGGAUUUAACAUGAAAUUAUGAAUUGAGGAAGAUAUUGUUCAUUAUAUUAAUAAAUAUUCCUGUGCUGGUUACGUCUCCAUAUACUUGCUGGAGAGUGGAGACUACUCAUGACAUGAUGGAAACUUUGAUGAUUGAUAUGCAUACAACUUGAGGGAAGUAAAGUUUUCAAGGUAUGAUGUUUAUCAUUCAGUGUACCACUUUUCCAGGAGCUUCCAGUUAGAUCCAUCCCAACUGUGGUAGAAACCGUCCUUUCUUAUUGACCAAUAAACUGUUUGGUGGCCUUUGUCUCUCUUGGCAUGGUACACGUCCCAAGUGGUGAACGACGGCAACCACUCGGCAGUGCAUUUGGAAUCUUGAUCCUCUGUGAUAGUGCUGUUGUGGUGAUGGAAUAGUUUGAGAUAAAUGAAAGGGCUUUUGUCGCAGCCAAGUUCCAAUUGCACCUUGGUGUUGAUGGGUAGGUCAUUUCUUAUGUCAACUACUGUGUUUGGCCCGUGACUCUGAGGCCAGGCAAGUGUUGAUGUGCUCAGAAAAUAGAACGAUAGAAAGAGUAGAAAGAAGGCGAAGAAGGGGUGGAGAAAACCCAUGAUGAUUGUAUAGCGUUGAUGGUGGAGUUGGUCUUAAUAGAGAGAGGGUGGAAACGUAUUAUUUUGUUGGGGUCUACAGUUCACACAAUUCCCGGUUGGCGUACCUUUAUCAAGAAAGGGUGAAUGGUUCACGGUUCCUCCAUUUUAGGAAAACCAUCAUGGUUUAUGGAAGACAAGAUUAUAAACCAGCCUGGACUAUCAAUCAAAUUCAAUAUUUAAGGUUUACGUCAUAUUCAUCCAAGGUUUAUUUAGUUGGGUUGAAUUAAUGACAACAAUAUUUUUCUCUGUCAAGUUCUCCCGUGAAUUUUUAAGUUACUGCAUUACUUCGGUUUUAGGAAUACAAAAUCCCCCACUUUUAAUUUUUCUGCUGCUGUUUGCAAAUAAUAUAUUUAAU